ACAAGUCGGAAGAGAAGAUAGAACCCAUUGAGGACUCAAAAUAUUUGCGAUGGUGGAGGAAAUGUAGAUGAGGCUGGUAAGGACUUGGACAAGGAAGAACGGGAGAAGGAGCUAAUCGAUGAGGUUCCCCGAAGAUCCCAUGUAUGCAGAGACAGCGCGAAGGGGAAAAGGAGAACGCGAUACACGAUGCGAACAUGGUCGAAGAAUCUCGGGAUAAUGUCGAUGUUCCCCUAGUUUUUGCUGGUCUUUUCUCGGCAGUCGUCACGACCUUCGUUGUCCAAACGAUCCAGAGCCUGAAAGCUGAUUAUGCUCAGAUCUCGGCGUCUCUUCUCUUCGAAUUGGUGCUCCUUCAGCGUGCCAUCGCCAAUGGCUCCACCGUUGACACAGUCCCGGCCUCUUCGCUCAACCCUCAGACUGUAUUUGUAUCCACUGCUAUCGAUGUCUGGGUGAAUGGCUUGUAUUUCACGAGACUAUUUCUCAGCCUGACAACUGCAUUGGUCGCCGUUCUCGUGAAACAAUGGCUGCAUCAUUACGUUGGCCUUCCCUCUGGAACUCCGCGUAAUCGAUGCUUCGUUCGACAAUACAGAUAUCUGGGAUUCCAGGAUCAUCGUUGGCCUGCUACCCGUUCUCAUGCAUCCGGCUUUAGCGCUAUUCUUCAUUGGAUUGUCAUUGUUCCUUCAUCCCCUUCGAACUGCUCUUUCAUGGGCUAUUUGCACGGGAAUUGUAAUGCUAACUGCGGCAUAUACGAUCGUGACCAUUCUUCCUAUGUGUUUCCCGCGAUGUCUAUACCGCACCCUGCUCUGCGAUCUCACCUAUCCUCCAUAUGUUUACAUCACCUCCUUAUUUCAGAAGUACUACAAUCGACUGCUUCAGCUCUUGAAACACACACUUAAGAAGAAAUUGGUGCCAGUGGAUCAUGGCAAGGUGAAGCCAAACUCCUUGAAGUAGCGCGAGCUUGAUGUGGUGGAGAAGGCAUCAAUUCGAUUAUCGGUCGA